GUAUGCUCAUGCUAUGGUUAGGCGCUUACACCUGCUUACUGGAAUCCCACACGGAGCCAGCGUGCUAGCCGCCCUCGGUUGUGUGCACAGCAGGAAAGUGUUCUGACGCUUCCACUGCACAAAAGCCAUUCGAACACUUACGGUAUAUCAUCGUUCCAGUCAUUUGCUUGUUUAUGCGUCUGCGGAACCAGCUCCCUUAACUUGCAGCCAAUAGCCUGCAGCCGCGCUGACUUGACUGGCGGCCCUUACUGUAAAUACAUCACGUUAUGACUAGGGGCCAAGGCAACCGUCCUGGGUUUGUACCUGGCAACCGUGCAAGUAUCGAUGGUAACCGCCCAGCCCAAGAUGUCCUCCCAGCCCCGGCUCGAGCCAGCCUACUGCGGUUGCGGAGGUCUAUACUGCGCUUGCCUACCUCCUGGUCUCAAGAAAGCGUAUAUGCGCGAGGAUGUGGGGCCUCAGGGUCCGAGAAGCUUGUGUUGCAAGAGCUAAGUGCCAUAGAGAAGCACCUUGCCUUGGCCUCAAAGUCCUCGGUUUUUGAAGGGAGGAUAGCUGCAGCUGCAGUGCUGGCUGAUGAGGUUGUCGCAAAGUGGCUGCUAAGACUGGUGGCAGCCGCUGUCCGCUUGGAGCCGAAAGACAUGGCGGUUGACACGGCAUAUGCGCAGGGCGGCGGGCGUACCCAACCGCUCCGGGGCAAAAUCCUGGAGAACGCGUACAUAUUCGUGGCGGGGCUUCUCAACACGGCAGCUAGCGGGGACACCUUGUCGCAGCUGCCCGCACAUGUAACGGACUUUGCUAGCAAGCUCCUGCGCAUGCAUACGCUGCAGGCCGCCAGCCGCCAGCUGGCUGCGGUCGCGGACUCGCUGCUUGCGGCCCUGGCCCAGGCAGCUCCUGCCGGCGUCGAACAGCCGCAGCUGGAGGGCCAGCAGCAGCAACCGCGGGGGUCAGCGGCCCUUCGGCAUGCUCGUUACCAUGCAGCUCGCACCGUCUUUGCGGCCUUGCGGUUAACGACUGCGGUGACUUUGACUGCCGGCCACGAGGCGGAGCGGCAGUACCAUUACGAGCUGCUAACCUCUUUGCAGGACAGCUGUGUGCUCGAGCAUGCCGCCAGGCUGCUGCUUCUGGCGGAGGAGGCGUGUGGGAAGCCGGGGGAAGCGGACAACCAGGAGCUGCGGAAAAUGCUGUUAAAGGCUUCAGGGCUCCUGGGCGCCGCGUACCUCAGCACCGUCCGAGCGAGCGACGCCUUUCGCCGCGUUGGUGCUGUGACAGGUGGCUUAGCGCGCUACAACAGCCUGCUGUCAGGUCCCUGCUUGCACCAUGCGGUAAUGGUACACGGCCUAGCGGCACUGUGCUUCGCUGACGGCGGCCCUACCCACGGCUUGCCCGCGGAGCUGCUGCCAUGCAUUCCCAUAAGCUUUGAUGGGGGACACCAGGUGGCAGCAUCGGACUCAGAGGGUCGGGCGGGGCACCGGGAGGUGGAAGUGCCGACAGUCUUUCUUCAUCACGUUAGGUCCGCGGUGUACGCGCUGAUUCCACCGCGCCGGCCGGCUGUGGUUAGCAGGCAAGCGGCCCUGUUAAUAGCACUGCGCACGGGCCGUUUGGUGUUGGCGUCAUCCCAGGUGUGGGGCAAAGUCGCAGCAGCUGCUGCUGGGGACACCAAUCUCCACGGCUUGAUGCACGCGAAAGGCCUCCGAGCGUUGCUCCCAUUAAAGGAUCUGGCGAGCUUUGCGUCCGUUACGCUCCACGCUGCAAUGGGCAACUUGCGGUCUACACGCGGGCUUUGGGGACCUGAGGCCGGGUCCCCUGCAUGGGAGCGGUGGGUGGAGGAGGCGGCGGAGUUGUGGAGGCUCGCGGGGUCGUUUCUGGCACCUGACUGCAUGGCCUUGCACUUGGCAACCGCCGCGGAGCUGUCAAAUGUGGAAGAAUUGUUGGUGUGGUAUGCUGGCGAGGCUGCAUUGUUGUGGACGAACGGCGUGUUCACCCCGCCGGCCAGGCCGCCAGUCUGGACGGCAGCAGCACUAGCGGGCGGCUUCCUGCCCUGCCUGGAGCGCCUGAUGCGGCGCGCUGGCGAGGAUCCCGGGAGCCUUGAGGCCGUCCUGCUGUGCUCCUUGCUGAGGGACAAGCCCUGGCAGCCGCUUCUUCCCCUGCUGCUAUACGGCGAGGAGCGUCAUGCGGCCGCACUUGUGGUUACCAUGGGGAAGGUGCUGCGAAGAAGGACCGGCUUGGGGGAGCACACGCGGCUUUGUGAGGUUGUAGGGGGUGCUGCGGUGGCCUUGUUGAGGAAAGCUUUUGCAGCAUUGCCGUCUAUGAGAGGCGACGCGGAUGCAGCUGCGGACGAUGGCACUGUCGCUGCCUGCCAACGGAUGCGGUUGCUGGUCUCCUGCGGCGUGUGUGAGUGGCUGCCGGCCUUGGUGGCUCAGACCCAGCGCCCAGCCGCUUGGGAGUGCGCAGAAUUCACCGAGUUUGUUGCUUCGGGCCUGGUGCCGAUGCUGGCUUGUCAAUGCAUUGCGGCCCGCGAACUGGACACCUCGCAGUCCGGGCGGAGCAGCAGCAGUGCUGCUGUUGAGGGGUGCACCGGGGCCACCGAGGCUUCUGCAGCGACUGGCAUUGCGGGCAGUAGCGGUGGCAGUGAUGACUGGCACCGUGUCCUGCUGGAGGUGGAUGCGGUAGCCCUGCUGGGGGCUUGCAUGAAGCCGGCCGGCACCCAGGGGCUGUCUGUUGGGCCACACACGCUGGCGACCUGCUGCUGCAUUGUGGCAGCGGCGUGUCCACAGCAGGUGCGCCGGGCGGCGGCAGCUGCAGGAGCGGCCACGUCAGCCACCCUGCUGGGUGCUGUGGGCCCUCCCUGGAGCCCCGAGGUGCUGCGCUGGCUGGCGUCGGGGCAGUCGGGGUCAGCAAGCGGCUGCAGCAGGGAGGAGAAGGGCGGCCGGAGGGAUAGCGGAGGUAGCACCCAAGGAGAAGGAGUGAGCAGCAGCAGCAGCGGCGGCGGCGGGGA